GCUAUAUUUGUGUUGGUGCUUAAACCCUAUCUCUCUACCCCUUUUCUAUCACUCACAAACCAUUUCCAGUCACCAAAACCAAUUCAAUUUCAUCCAUGGAUUCAAUUACCCCUCCUCCCUACCGAUCCGACCCAAAAAGCCGCACCAAAUCAGCGUCUCGCCUUGCCCGAAUCACCAACGAACACGACGAAAACUCCCCAAAUCUCUCUCUUGAAUUAGUCCUUUCUUCCCCAAAGUUGUCACCGCCUAUUAACACAACUUCUCCUAAAUCCUACAAGAAGCUUCACGAGUUGCUGCUGCUUUCCCCUUCUCCUCAACGGAAGUCAAGAACCCGGCUGGCUGAUAAGUUGGAAUUUGCUGAUCAAGACCCUCUGGAGCCUAAUGGGUCUCGAAGAAGACAUAGAUCAAGAAAUGGGGCGGUGGGUUCACCGAAGAAUGUUCGAAGGUCACGGAGAAGAUUUGAACAAGAAAUUCGUGAAGAAAGGGAGUUAGGGGGUUUGGAGGAUUUGGGGAAGCCUAGAAAAAGGCGAAAUAGUGGUCGGUCUAAGAAGGAAGCAGUGAGUUCAGUGCCUUCGGUUCCACACUCAAAAUCAAAUGACGGCGAUGGUUGUAAUUUUGAUCGAUUUGGACAGCUGAUAACUGAUCUGGUUAUGUGGAAAGAUGUAGCAAGAUCAACCCUUUGGUUUGGUUUCGGAUCACUUUGUUUCCUGUCAUCUUGCUUCACAAAAGGAGUUAGCUUCAGCAUUUUCUCGCUGGUGUCUCAUUUGGGACUUCUGGCUUUAGGAGUGAGGUUCUUUACAAAUUCAAUAUGUAAAAGCACUUACAGGGAGAUAAGUGAAGAUAAACGUGACACGAAACUUAAAGAAGAUGACAUUUUGAAAGCGGCUAGACUGAUACUCCCAGCUGCUAAUCUUGCAAUUUCCAAAGUUGGGGAAAUAUUUUCGGGGGACCCAUCCACAACCCUCAAAGUAAUACCUUUUCUACUUCUGGGAUCCGAAUAUGGUCAUCUGAUAACUCUAUGGAGACUUUGUGCACUUGGCUUUUUUAUGAGCUUUAGCGGUCCAAAGCUCUAUUCUUCUUACUCUUUACAGAUAAAUGAGAAAGUCAAGUUUCUAACAUCCCGGGCGUCAGUAACAUGGGGAGCUUUGUCUCACAAGAAAAUAGUUGCUGGAUCUGUGGCUACAGCAUUCUGGAAUCUGACUUCUGUAAGAACACGCAUUUUCACUGUAUUCAUAAUUCUGGUAAUAGUUCGAUACCGUAGCCAAUACCUACAGCCAACAGAGGAAGAGAAGGAAACAGAAGAAAUUGGAGAAGACCAGCAGCAGGCAGAAGAAGAUCAGCAGCACCAGGAAGAAGAUCAGCAGCACCAAGAACACGAUAAAGCACUGGUUGUGGUAGAAAGUGGAUCAAAACUUAACUAGUGAGCGAUAAGGCACAAAUGGUUUUCCAUUGUUCAAUGAUUAAAGCCCUAUAUGCAUUCUGUAAGAGUAUUAUCCCCCCUUUCAAUAUUGUAUCUUAACCUGUAUAUCAAAAUUUUAGAAGAAUUAAAUUUGUAUAUUGCUUCAGGAUGCAAUUGAAUAAUCAUUACAGAAGUGAGAAAACCCUACUCAGA